CGUCCACCACUCCAUUCACAAUGUCCAGCACGCCCUCCCGCGCUUCGCCCUCGCCGUUUGCUGGCGACGCAGGCUACGCUAAGCCUGUCUGCGUCUUCUGUGCAUCAUCGCCGGGUGCCGAUGCGAUGUAUGCCACGGCGGCAGAGAGUGUUGGUGUCGCGCUGGCGAACGCGCACAUUCCAGUCGUGUACGGUGGCGGUCGUCGUGGCCUCAUGGGUGUCGUCUCGCACGCCGCCCUAGAGGCUGGUGGCCGCGUCCACGGCGUUCUCCCGAGAGCACUGAUGGCCCGUGCGGCGGAGAGCACCCCCAUCCCGUCCCGCGACGCCAACCCGGCGCACGCCGCCAAGUCUGCCGAAGGUUUGGGGAAGGAUCUGCUCGCGGAUGACUAUGACGGUCGGCUCACGAUGGAGGUCGUCGGGAGCAUGCACGAGCGCAAGGCCAAGAUGGCACAGCUGAGCACCGGCGGCUUCAUCGUGCUCCCCGGCGGCUAUGGGACGUUCGAGGAGCUGCUCGAGAUGGUCACCUGGAAUCAGAUCGGGAUGCACUCGCUCCCCGUGAUUGUCUUGAACAUGAACAACUACUACUCACCCCUGCGUGCGCUCUUCGAGGGCGCCGUCGCGUCUGGCUUCAUCAAAGCCGAGAACCUGGCACUCGUACGCAUCAUCGACCUUCCCGGCGACGGGAACACUGACGGUGCGCGCGCCGCCGAGUGGGGCCCAGCCGCCGUGGAGGCGCUCCGCCAAUGGUCUCUGCCCGACGGCGCCGGCUACGGGUUCAAGUGGGAUGACGUCAAGCCCGCCGACCUCGGCCUGCAGGCGAGCACAUAGAUGUGAUGCAUAAUUGACUCUAGA